GGCCGGCUGCGCUGCAUGGGGGCAGGGGCCCGGUCGCCAUGGAGGGCGUGCUGUACAAGUGGACCAACUACCUGAGCGGCUGGCAGCCUCGUUGGUUUCUUCUCUGUGGUGGUAUCUUGUCCUACUAUGAUUCUCAGGAAGAUGCCUGGAAGGGUUGCAAAGGAAGCAUCCAAAUGGCUGUGUGUGAAAUUCAAGUUCAUCCUGCAGAUAACACACGAAUGGACCUGAUCAUCCCAGGGGAACAGUACUUCUAUCUGAAAGCAAGAAAUGCAGUUGAGAGGCAAAAGUGGCUGGUUGCACUAGGAACAGCGAAAGCUUGUCUGACAGACAGCAGGACACAAAAGGAAAAAGAGUUCACUGAAAACACAGAAGCCUUGAAGACUAAAAUGUCUGAACUUAGACUAUACUGUAACCUUCUUGUUCAGCAAGUGCAUAAAACUAAGGAAGCCAGCAUUUCUGCUGUAUCAGAACCAGAGAGUGGGAUUGAUGUGGGAGCUCUGUUGAAAUCAACAUGUGACACCUUCCUGAAGACUCUUGAAGAAUGUAUGCAGAUUGCAAAUACUGCCUUUACUUCUGAGUUAUUACAUCAGACCCCUCCAGGAUCCCCACAUUUAGCAGUUCUCAGAACAAACAGGAUAAAACACUCAGUCUUGUCCAGUCACACCUCAACAGAAAGACAGAUGGAAUUGAACCCCUGUGAAAACGGCUCUGUAAAAGCAGAAAUUAACCAGCAAGAGCAAACCUUUAUAAAAAGUCUAGCAUGUUUAAACUUGGAAACAAACGAGGGCAGCAGUGUUGUUUCUGUUGAGGAUCAUAUUGCAGAAGAUUCAGCAGGCAUGAAGGAAGAUGGAGAGAACAAGCUGCAAGCUGUAGAAAACCUUGAUGCCCAGAAGUUGCUGCAGUCAGAAACAAAUUCUUUAAGUGGAUUGACUCUGUGUGAGGAAGAUGAAAAUGAAAAUGGGUUUCCUACUUUCUUCAGUGUCAUGAGCAAUAGGUUCAGUGAUAUUGAACUUCAGGAGGAAGAGGGCAUACCAACAGAAGAGUUUCUGGAGUCAUGUUAUGCAAUUGUGCCCGUUCUGGAUAAGUUGGGACCAACUGUUUUUGCUCCUGUUAAAAUGGAUUUUGUAGGUAACAUCAAGAAAAUAAAUCAGAAAUUUAUAACCAACAAAGAAGAGUUUGAUACCCUGCAGAAGAUAGUACUGCAUGAAGUCAGUGCAGGUGUAGCUCAAGUUAGAAAUUCUGCUACAGAGGCACUCCUAUGGCUGAAAAGAGGCUUAAAGUUCUUGAAAGGGUUUUUGACAGAAGUGAAGAAUGGAGAAAAGAAUAUCCAAACAGCUCUGAACAAUGCUUAUGGAAAGACAUUACGGCAGCACCAUGGUUGGGUUGUCCGUGGGGUGUUUGCGUUAGCUUUAAGGGCAGCUCCAACGUACGAAGACUUCGUAGCAGCUCUGUCUGUAGAAGACUGUGAUCCUCAGGAGGAAACAUUUUACAAAGCAAUGCAGAGGGACCUCAACAUUUACUUACCAGCCAUGGAAAAGCAGCUAAAUAUCUUGGACACUCUCUAUGAAGUACAUGGUUUGGAGUCAGAUGAGGUGGUAUGACUACAGUAAGACAGCAUCUUAAAACUUCAGGGACUGUGUCUGUUAACAAAGAUUUUUUUGAAUAUCAUUUCUGUUCACUGUAGCUUUUCAGGUGGGAGAGGUGUGAGUGUUUGGGGGGAAGGGUAUGUAUGGUUUUUAUUUCUUGUUGUGCUUGUUUUGUGUUUAAAUGCAGAGGUACAGUUUCUUUUUGGGCUAUAACUGUGUCUGUAAUGAAUGUUUUGGACUGUUCCUCACUUGCCUCACUCCCUGUUCCCUUCACCUUGUAAAAGUAAUGGAGCAGAAUUUGCCCUUUGCUUCCACACUUUGUGUGGGAGCUGCGCAUGCAGCAGAGCUGUCAUGAUAUCCACAUGGAACCAAGCAGGCACUGCUGGCUCGGACUCUCUCCUGCCCUGUUCUGCCCACUCUAGUGAGCCUUAUUGUAGCAGAAGAGAGGGUGGUUAAAUGCCAGCUUAACAGGUAUGCAGUGAGUUUUUACCUUAUUUUGGGUUGAAUCUUUUUUUUAAUUUUUUUGUUUUGUUUUGUUUUGUUAUGUUUGGGGUUUUUUUGUUGCUUUUUUUUGUUUGUUUUGUUAGUGCAGCAUCUCUAAAAGUGUUAGAGAUCUUCACCAUGAGCACAUGUAGCUGGUGAUCUGAGCUUCCACAGGGAACCAGCCUUGGAAACUAGCCAUUGUGUUCUGUCCCAGCUACUUGUUUGUACCACAUUUUCCCUUCUGGCUCCUGACAGUGAGCCAAAUCUAAAGGAAAUUUUCCUUAGUGCCCUCCACAGCAAGAUGCUCCUGCCCGUAUUGCUUGGGAUGAGCGUGCUGCAACAUAUAUUGUGGUGCAGGAAGGAAAAGUGUGUGCAUGACAAGAGAAGGGAAGGCUGUGAGCAUGGAGUGCCAUUCAGUCUGCACUGGUACCACUGUUGUUCCCUCUGCCCUGUAUUAUUGAAAGUGGGCAUGAAAUAGCAAAGCCUAGGGGAAGCUAGAAUUUAUCACCGAGUUGUUGUACAUUAUGCCAUUUGCAGACUUUAAAAUCUAAAAUUAUGCAGAAGUGGCUAGGAAGUAAGAAGGUAAAAUUUGCUCUUUUCUUCCUUUACAGAUAAAAAAGUGCACCUAGUUGCUGUUAGAAGUGAUAAAGAAAUCCUUCUAGAUAGUUUGUUAUACAUAAAUGAGUAAGGACAAAAUUCCUGCUUGUGUUGAAGAUUAGAACACUAUGAGUUACUUACUGCCAGUUCAAGGUAUAAGUGGGUUUCUCAGUAGUGACACAGGGCUUUGGAUGGCUUUGGAUAGCUUUGUCCAAAGAGCUGAGUAUAACUCAUGGGCAAAUAAGACUAAUGCUCAUGAGGUUCCUAAACUUUGGUAAAUCCUCGUACAAUUUGUCAUCACCAUACUCACAGGAUAAAUACUGGCUUUUGCUAGGCUAAAAAGCACAUUCUGACUAAAAUGAAUGUACUGCAGGCCUGCUGCAUCAUUCUGAGAAAGCAGUCUCUGCAUACGUAAUACUUGAUCUUUUCUCAGGAGCCUAGCACUGCAGGCUUUAAGAAAAGUAUAUGGUGAGUGAAGAAAACACCAAAUGACACACUUGAUGAGUAAAGCAAGAUACUAGAACUGUAAUUGGGCAUUUAAGUAGUAUGACUUUCUUGUUCCUGUCAUCUUCUCUGAACUGUGACUAUCUAUAGUCCCUAUGUGCACCAGGAUAGAAUCAGAAGGAUAUAGGGUCUUUAGUUCUUGGAGUUUUCUUGUUUUAAUUAGUAUAUAUUUGUUUGAAUAUGAAGUCAAAACUUUUGACCAAAGCUCAAUUCAAUUAUUUCAGUACUUGCAGUGCUAAGAACGAAGCAGAGAGCCUUUGAGAUAUGACUGUCUGCUUCUUCAAAGUGUGAAUGCAAAAAAAAACAAAAAACAAAAAACAAAAACAAAAAAACAGCAGAACAACCAGCUCUCCAUCCCCUGUGGUUUCCUCAAUCUUUUCCGCUAUUAUGUGGGAAACUUUUCUGUAACAGGUCUUAAUGCUGUGAUUAGGUAAUGGAGACCACAUUGCCGCAGAAUAGCAGGAGUGUGUGGGGA